AGUGAAGCGUUGCUGGGCGUCUCGUCGUUCUUUCUGCCUUUGGACGCCAUAGUGAACGUUUGCUUGGAGCGGACUGGGAAAGGAAGUGCAACGUUGGAAUCUUUGGCGUCAGGCUCGUGUGUUCUCGACGAGCGACUGAACAGCGACAAUGGCUGGAACCGAAACACCUAGCAUAAAGGCUGAGCCGGCAAAUGCACCUGCUGAAAACAGUAACGAGAAUCCGCGCGAACGGAAUCCACCGGGUGGCGGACCUCGAGGUCCUCGCGGCCGAAAAGGCGGCACACGUUUCUCAGGCGGUCGCGGUGGUGGAAUGGGCGGCGGCGGCGGUGGCGGCGGCGGAGGCGGAGGUGGCGGUGGAAGUGGCGGCGGAGGCAGAAAUAAUGAGGCGAUGAAAAUGAAUGACUCUAUGGAUGGAGGUAUGGAUAACCCAAUGUCUGAAGGCGGCGGUGGCGGUGGCGGCGGCGGCGGCGGCGGCAUGGGUAUGGGUAUGGGUAUGGGAAUGGGAAUGGGUAUGGGUAUGGGUCGCGGCGGAAUGCGUGGAGGUGGAAGAGGAGGUCGCGGCGGUGGAGAUAGAAAUAUGGGCGACAGAAAUAGAUCACAAGAUGAUCGACUGAUGGAACGUAUCAUGGCUAUCAGUGGGCCCACUCACGAGCUGCCGCCCCAGGAGGUAACAGAGAAGAAAUUUAGUGGCAGAAAUCGUUUGUACAUUGGGAAUUUGACAAAUGAUGUGACUGAAGAAGAGAUACAAACCAUGUUCCGCAAAUAUGGAGAAAUAUCUGAGUUGUUUGUGAACAAAGAGAAGAGUUUCGCUUUUCUCAGAAUGGAUUAUAGAAUAAAUGCUGAGAAGGCAAAGCACGAAUUAGAUGGUACGAUGCGCAAAGGUCGUGCGUUGAAGGUACGCUUUGCCCCUCAUUCGUCGACAAUCAAAGUGAAGAAUCUUACACCUUGGAUAUCUAACGAGCUCCUUGACAAAGCCUUUGGUGUAUUUGGUGAAAUCGAACGUGCAAUUGUUAUUGUUGAUGAUAGAGGCAAAAGCACUGGCGAAGGAAUAGUUGAAUAUUGUCGAAAGCCAUCUGCUCAAUUAGCUUUGAGGAAAUGUACAGAAGGUUGCUACUUCAUCACGGCCUCACUUCGACCAGUUGUUGUGGAACCAUUCGAGCAACAAGAUGAUGUGGACGGUUAUCCCGAUAAAAACCUACCACGCAAAAAUCCGGAAUUCUUUAAAGCCCGUGAUAUUGGUCCACGUUUUGCACAAUUGGGUAGCUUUGAGCAUGAAUAUGGUACAAGAUGGAAACAAUUACACGAAUUGUACAAGCAAAAGGAAGAAGCACUCAAACGAGAAAUGGCGAUGGAAGAAGAAAAACUGGAGGCCCAAAUGGAAUUUGCCAGAUACGAACACGAGACCGAACUUUUGAGGGAACAACUGCGUAUGCGUGAGGCGGAUCGCGAAAGACAAAAGAGGGAAUGGGAAAUGAAGGAGCGACAAGCCGAGGAGCAAAGAACUCGUGAAGAAGAAUUGAGACGCCGUCAGCAGGAAGAAAUGGCAAUACGUAUCAGGAGACAAGAAGAGGAGCUACAUAGACGUCAACAAGAAAAUAAUUUGUUUAUGCAGGAACAAGCAAUUCGUAGUACCGGUAGUAGCGGUCUCGGUAGCGGAAAAAAUUACGAUUCUGUUAGCAACAACGAUCGUGACGGAUAUGGCCAACCUGAUGGUGGAAGCAACAUGCCAGUGGAUCCAAAAUCCUUUAUGGAUGCGUACAACAAUAUGGACCGCGGUAAUCGUGGGGGUUAUAACGAUGAUCGUGGACAGAUAAUGGAUUUGAUGGACAUGAGGGUAGACAUGGGUAACAUGGGUGGUGGUGGUAGUCGUGGAGGUAGUGGUGGCAGCGGACGUUGGCAAGGAAAUGACCGUAAUCGCCCGGACGAUUAUCCUAACAAACGACGACGUUAUUAAAAGUGUAUUACAGGAAUCUUUCGUUAAUUCCUCGGCACGUAUUCUGCUCGUAUUGCGUCCUUUAUUUAGUCCUCGCGUUCAUCACAUCACUUGACUCUCUUGACUUAAAGAGGAAAAGGAGGAUUAAUGGAGAGAGGAUCGAGAUAUAUAUAUGAUUUACGAGAAGAAACAGCAUCGGACGUAGUCGAUAUACUUAUAUAUCGAGUUGUGUAAUUCGACUACGAAAACAAAACCGUAUGCAAAUUCGAUGUGAGCGCAAUAGGAUUCUGAUAUGCCCGAAUUCCUUGUUAUCCGGGUGACAUCUAUCAUGCGUUAUCGAUGGCAUAUUAAUUUAACACUCGAUUAUUGACACCAGUUAUAACAGUUUGUUUCAAAUCAAUUCUUUUUUCUUACUCGCUUAAUUAAUGCGAAGUAUCAUGAAUUAAAUAGUAACAUUUAACGUAUUCUAUAUUUCAUUAGACGCAAUCCGUCUUGCGGUUUCAUCUUUACUAAAAAUUUAUAGAAUCGUAUCGUAAAAUAAAUGUGAGAUUUAUGAAAUAUCACGUAGAGAUUCAAAGAAUCUUGCUUAAAGAAUGUACAUUGAAAAUAAUUUUAUAAUUUAGAAAAACGAUUUUUUUUUUAAUUUCUCUGCGUUUUUUUCUUUAUCGCAAUUACACCGAUUUGAAUCGUUUUUUCUAUAAACAUAGAUUUCAUUUAAUUACUUUCUCGCUGACCUAGACUACUUUUACCAUAUUAUUUUGUAUCUUAUCUACACAUUAUAAGGAAGAAUGCUAACAUAAAUAUGACUGAAAUGAACGUUAACGUUUGCAUGUUAAGAUUUGUACGAAUACAUUUGCUUAACGUUGACAAUUAGUAUCAUCAACGUUUUAGGUAUUCCGAGUAUGGUGAUUGAAUCAUGAGAAGGUAUAUAAAGUUUUGUUAUUUCUUAAAUAUUCACAAAGUAAUUAUUUUAGUUUAAGAUAUACACAACAUAUACAUAUAUAUACACACACACACACACAUACAUACACACACCUAAUACUAUCUAUAUCUGCAGUUAUAAUAUUUAAUACUUUGUGAGAAAUCUUAAUUAACAAAAACGUAAUGACAUCAAUAAAGAUAUAUACAUGUAUACAUACAUAUGAUUCAAGCUUAUAUUUUAGAUACUGAUAUGUUUGUAUAUAUAUAUGUAUAUAUAUGUACACAUAUAUAUCUAUAUAUAUAUACAUAUAUUUCUUUUUCUUCUAUAAAGUGCGAACAUAGCUGAUUAGACCUUGAAAUGCAAAUCACUUAUCGUGCGUAAUGUAAAACAUUUGAUGAUCAUCAUUCUGCUUUCAGUUCAACGGUUUUCUAUAUCUUCUACAUAGGAAAGGUUGGCCAUGUUAAAAUUAUAUACAGGAGAAAUUCUUAGCAAUUUUUUUUCGCAGAUCUACCAUCACAUAUAUUUGCAACAGUCAGUUCCAAAAAAUCCACAAGUGUUUAUGUAAUAUGUCCAACAAUCAGAAAAAGAUAUUAUACUUAAUAAUAAUUUUAUUAAUACGUAUAUAUGUUUCAUACAAGUAAAACGAUUCCUUGUGAAUUCGAAUAUAGGAAGGUCGAUUCUCACACACAAGUAACGUAUCAGAUAAAUGUUGUAAUUUUCUUUCAAUAUGUUAGUAAAACAAAAUACUGCUGCCAUAGUAAGUUAGCAGGUUCAAUACAUCAAGUACUUUAGCUUUAGUACUGCCAUUUGAGGAAAAUGACGACAUUAAACUAAUACAUUACUGAUAUAUAUGAAUUGGUGCUAAAGCGUGGUAUAUAAAAUGUAGAUGGAAGAAUGCUUUAUAUUAGCUAACGUUUUCUUCACAGGAAAUUUUCCGAUAAGAUAUAGGCUACCUGAUAUUAGGAUUACACAAAUCUUAUUAGGGAAAUCUUUAGAAUUAAAUUUAUAUAUUUAAUUAUUAUAGUUUUUUUUUUCACAUAUAUAUGUUCCAAGUGAAUAGUUUGUCAUGAGUAUGAAUAGCUCUAUUAUUUCAGAACUUAAAAAGAGUGAGAUAUUAUAAAAUGUUUAGGGUGUGGAUUAUAUCCUGAUUAUCUGGUCUUGUGCCAAGAAAAGAGAAUGCCCUUUUUUAUUCUUCAUAAAAUACUGCAAUUUCGUACAUUCCCCUGAUUAUUUGAGGAUAAUAGGGAAACUGCAUUUCUGUCUUGAAGAAUCUUCCGCCUUCCAGUACUUACAAUACCGACAUAAUAUUUAUUUAUAACUGAAUGUAAUUAAUCAAGAGUCUUUUAAUGGAGAAGAUACUGCAAUCACAAGAUAGGCUUACUUACUCGAAACUGCUAAUCUCAAUGAACUACCUGUUAACAAGAUCAAAUUAGCAGCUGGUUGAACGCAAACAGAAACUGUUGGAAAUGAUACAGUCUGAUGGCUUGAGAGGACAGACCUUACUUGAUGUCACCAUACGAAGUAAUUGCCUUAUACGUCUAAGGAAGACUAUAAAUAAAGAUGAAGAAAUAGCCGAAUUAAUAUAUCUUGGCUUUACCUUUUGAAGGAGGAUCACUAUACGACGCACAAGGAUAUCAAACUAACGGAAAACAUUUUGCAGUGGUCUGGAGCGAAGAGAACUUGUUGAAAUAUUCAUAAAUAUUGAAAAAUAUUUGAAAUAUGCAUAUAUAUAUAGUUUUCUUUUUUAUAUUUUAAAAAAUAUAUACAAGUCUCUUAUUAAUUA